GAUGGUAGGCAAGGCAAAUGUAUUCAAAAACGGGUUACUAUGUGGUUGCCCCAAAAUUGAUUUAUGCAGUAAUCGUAUAUGUUCGUUACUAAUUUUCGCCCGCCAAAAUCGCGAUAGUUGAUCGUUGGCCAGCACUGGAAGCGCCAGUUUCGUGGGCGGCUGUCGCCAGCCCUGGUAGUCAGAGGCAAUCAGCUGAUUUGCGUGGUCGAUUUGGUCCUAUUGAAAUUUUCGGUUUGGCACCGGAGCAAAAAUCACAUCGCAAUCAAAUUUCCCGUGCCCAAAGGACACACAUUUGAUUUUGGAGCAACAGCCGGAAGAUCUAGCUAACCGAUUAGCAAAAUGUCGAUGCUGGCGAGAACCGUUGGACGCACCUUCAUGCAGGCUGCGGCAGCACGUAGUCUGCACACCACGUCAACGCUCCGCGCUACGGACAACUACGGCGCCAACAGGACCACCUGCACACUGAUUCCCGGCGACGGUGUGGGUCCCGAGCUGGUCUACUCCCUCCAGGAGGUCUUCAAGGCAGCCAGCGUUCCCGUGGACUUCGAGUGCUACUUCCUUUCCGAAAUUAAUCCAGUGCUUAGUGCCAAACUGGAGGAUGUGGUGGCCUCCAUUCAGAAAAACAAAGUGUGCAUUAAGGGCGUCUUGGCCACACCCGACUACAGCAAUGUGGGUGACCUGCAGACCCUCAACAUGAAGCUCCGCAACGACCUGGACCUCUACGCUAAUGUGGUGCAUGUCCGCAGCUUGCCCGGUGUCAAGACCCGUCACACCAACAUCGACACGGUGAUUAUUCGCGAGCAGACCGAGGGCGAGUACUCGGCGUUGGAGCACGAGUCGGUGCCCGGAAUUGUGGAGUGCCUGAAGAUUAUCACCGCCAAAAAGUCCAUGCGCAUCGCCAAGUUUGCCUUCGACUACGCCACGAAGAACCAGCGCAAGAAGGUCACCGCCGUGCACAAGGCUAACAUCAUGAAGCUGGGCGACGGUCUCUUCCUACGCUCCUGCGAAGAGGUCUCCCGGCUCUAUCCACGCAUCCAGUUUGAGAAGAUGAUCGUGGACAACACGACCAUGCAGAUGGUUUCCAACCCCAAUCAGUUCGACGUGAUGGUCACCCCCAAUCUCUAUGGUGCCAUUGUGGACAAUCUGGCCAGUGGUCUUGUGGGCGGUGCUGGUGUCGUUGCUGGUGCCUCCUACUCCUCGGAAUCCGUGGUCUUUGAGCCGGGCGCACGUCACACCUUCGCCGAGGCCGUUGGCAAGAAUGUGGCUAAUCCCACUGCCAUGCUGCUCUGCGGCGUGAAGCUGUUGCGCCACAUCAACCUGCCCACCUACGGCGAGAUCAUCCAGAAUGCCAUCAACAAGGUGCUGAACGAUGGCAAGGUGCGUACCAAGGAUCUGGGCGGACAAUCGACCACGCAGGACUUUACCCGCGCCAUUAUCCUGAACAUGUCCUAGAUGGGCACCACUGUCAUCGCCGGCGCGAUCAGCAAAUCUAUAACAUCAUGGGCAACAACGUUGGCGCUUAUAUAAUCGACAUUAGACAGUUUCUGUUGUUGCCACAGCCAAAAUUUGAAUUGUUGAAAGAAACACCUUGAAAGUUCUUAAUUUUCCUUUACGUCCAAUUUUUUUAUUUGUCCCGAUGUCUUCAGUGCAUUCAUUUGAGUAUUAUUUCCGGCGAAUAUUUAAGUUUAGUUCAAUUGAAACGCCUGCGCAGACCCGCCCCGAAUCCAAACGUCGCGAAUUCUUUAGUUUUUACCAAUUGGCAGUAAUACAUUGAUUAUGUUGUAAUUAUUUACGUAUUAUUUUUCCCCAUUUUGAUUUUGCAAAGAUCGCAAUUUAUGUUUACCCGUUGAAAAGCAAAAAACCGAAAACAGAUGAUAUUGCUAAAACAAUUAACUGAUAGCGGACGGCUUUGAGUGGACCCACUCCACUGGAGCUGUGAGAAAGAUAACAAUAAACUCAAAUCUAAAUUAAUUAUUAUUUAAAAGCCAUUGUCAGUUUGAGCUGUCUAAAUUUUAAGUAAUACAAACAAAAGAAAAACCCAAACAUA